UUGUACAUAUUUCCUAAAAUCCAUUUUCAGACAACAAACUUUGAUGGCGCUGUGACGAGCGUUGCUUUUUGCCCAGAAUCGAAAUGGACCAUUCUUGCUGUAACGUUGGCGACAGGAAAAUUGAUCGUAUCGAAUUCUUUCCACGGUGAUCGACAGCUGAUUGCAUCCACGACGAAAUAUCUCGCCGAACUUCGAGAGCAAGUUGCACGUCAAGUAGUGUGGCAUCAUAAAGGAGACUACUUCGCGACGUUUGCUGGCUCGGAGUCACCCAAACUCAUUUAUAUACAUCAGCUCUCCAGAUGUAAAUCUCAAUGGGUGAGCUGCAUGCUUGUGGACACCUAUGGAGACAAUUUGUUUGUUGGUGGUCACGACAAGACCUUCUCAUGGAUCGACCUGCAGCUUUCCAGUAAGCCGUGGAAAUGUGUGCGCCACCACACUGCAGCUGUACGCGCUGUUGCUCAGCACCGGAGGUAUCCGCUGAUAGCAACUGUAUCGGACGACGCAACAGCAAUCGUAUAUUAUGCCCGAAUUAGCAACGAUCCGUUGAAAGAGAAUGAAUUUGUCCCCGUGCGACGGUUGCGCUCGCACUCACCUCAAAAAAAUGGUCUCGCCAUAUUAGCAGCAAUAUUCCACCCUACUCAAGCUUGGCUUAUUACGGCCGGCUCCGAUGGUUCCAUUGCACUGUUCACGUGA